GCCCCGCCCCGCCCUGGAGGCCCUGGCAGCUCCGGGCUGAGAGCAGUUCCGGUGCCAAAACCCUUCCCUCCCCCGCUCCCCCGGAAGUGCUUUUCCAGGAUUCGGGCCGGAGAGAGGCCUUGUAGGCACAGCGGCUGAGACUCGAUCUGCUCCAAGUAGGGGCUCCAGCGCGGGUCGGAGUCUGGGGGUUCGCGCCCGCCGACCCGCGCCCUGCUCCCUCUCAGCACCUGGGCGGACGAUUGAAGGUUUGUGGCAACCCUGUAUUCAGAAUUCUGUAUCAGUGCCAUUUUUCCAGCCGGCGUGUGCUUACUUCAUGUCUCUGGGUCACAUUUUGAAAUGACCAUUAAGGAGUAGAUGCCCAGAUGCAAAAGUGAUGAAACAGUCCAUUUGUCAUAAAGUAAGAUGAAGCUGUGGCAUGUCAACCAGCUUGGAACAAAAUUGUAUCUGUUUUUCUCAGAAGAGAAUUCCACAAGGAGAUUUUCUUCUUUCUACCGGCAUCAAGAUCAAGCAGGCAAGUUUACUUGCUGUCAUCUUCUACAAGGUUAAAUCAGCAAACAAAGAAAACAUGGUAUUUUGAAAUAUGAUUAAACUCCUGAUGCUGCAGCAGAGGCUAAGAAUAUUAAUGGCCAGAUCUAGAAUAUGUGCCAUGUCUGAGGCAGGAGAAUCUCUUGAACCUGGGGGGCGGAUAUUGCAGUGAGCCGAGAUCACGCCAUAGCACUCCAGCCUGAGCAACAAGAGCGAAAUUCCAUCUUGGGGGAUUUAAAAAAAAAAGAAUAUGUGCCAUUGCACACAUGGUCUUCUGAAGAAGCCAUGGGUAGCUGUUGUAGCUGUCCAGAUAAAGACACUGUCCCAGAUAACCAUCGGAACAAGUUUAAGGUCAUUAAUGUGGAUGAUGAUGGGAAUGAGUUAGGUUCUGGCAUAAUGGAACUUACAGACACAGAACUGAUUUUAUACACCCGCAAACGUGACUCAGUAAAAUGGCACUACCUCUGCCUGCGACGCUAUGGCUAUGACUCGAAUCUCUUUUCUUUUGAAAGUGGUCGAAGGUGUCAAACUGGACAAGGAAUCUUUGCCUUUAAGUGUGCCCGUGCAGAAGAAUUAUUUAACAUGUUGCAAGAGAUUAUGCAAAAUAAUAGUAUAAAUGUGGUGGAAGAGCCAGUUGUAGAAAGAAAUAAUCAUCAGACAGAAUUGGAAGUCCCUAGAACACCUCGAACACCUACAACUCCAGGAUUUGCUGCUCAGAACUUACCUAAUGGAUAUCCCCGAUAUCCCUCAUUUGGAGAUGCUUCAUCCCAUCCUUCAAGCAGACAUCCUUCUGUGGGAAGUGCUCGCCUGCCUUCAGUAGGGGAAGAAUCUACACAUCCUUUGCUUGUGGCUGAGGAACAAGUACAUACCUAUGUCAACACUACAGGUGUGCAAGAAGAGCGGAAAAACCGCACAAGUGUGCAUGUUCCAUUGGAGGCGAGGGUUUCUAACGCUGAAAGCAACACACCAAAAGAAGAACCAAGUAGUACUGAGGACAGGGAUCCUCAGAUUCUUCUUGAACCUGAAGGAGUCAAAUUUGUUUUAGGGCCAACCCCUGUUCAAAAGCAGUUAAUGGAAAAAGAGAAACUGGAGCAACUUGGAAGAGAUCAAGUUAGUGGAAGUGGAGCAAAUAACACAGAAUGGGACACUGGCUAUGACAGUGAUGAACGAAGAGAUGCACCCUCUGUUAACAAACUGGUGUAUGAAAAUAUAAAUGGGCUAUCUAUCCCUAGUGCCUCAGGGGUCAGGAGAGGUCGUCUGACAUCCACCAGUACCUCAGAUACCCAGAAUAUCAACAACUCAGCUCAGAGAAGAACUGCAUUAUUAAACUAUGAAAAUCUACCAUCUUUGCCUCCUGUUUGGGAAGCCCGCAAGCUAAGUAGAGAUGAAGAUGACAAUUUAGGACCAAAGACCCCAUCUCUAAAUGGCUACCAUAAUAAUCUAGAUCCAAUGCAUAACUAUGUAAAUACAGAGAAUGUAACAGUGCCGGCAAGUGCUCACAAAAUAGAAUAUUCAAGGCGUCGGGACUGUACACCAACAGUCUUUAACUUUGAUAUCAGACGCCCAAGUUUAGAACACAGGCAGCUUAAUUACAUACAGGUUGACUUGGAAGGUGGCAGUGACUCUGACAACCCUCAGACUCCAAAAACGCCUACAACUCCCCUUCCACAAACCCCUACCAGGCGCACAGAGCUGUAUGCCGUGAUAGACAUCGAGAGAACUGCUGCUAUGUCAAAUUUGCAGAAAGCACUGCCACGAGAUGAUGGUACAUCUAGGAAAACUAGACACAAUAGUACUGAUCUGCCCAUGUGAGCCUGGAAAGCAUUAUGUUGUUUGCACCUUUGUGAAGUUUUUAAAAAUGAAGAUGCAAGUGCUUCAUUUUCAUUUCUAAACACUAACUCCUUUUAUAGACUGAUAAAAUUUUUUUCUGAAUAUUUCAUGUGCAUCUUUAACUAAAGGGAAUUAAUGUAGAGCAGGUACUCCUUAAAGAACACUAAUUUCAUUAUAUACUACUCGUUGUACAGCAGCAUUCCCGUUUUCACAGUGCCUAUUUAAAAUGAGAGUUGAAGUAAAUGACAUGCUGGUUGAUUUUUAUCAAUAUUCUGGACUUAACGCAUAUCUUUCAUGUCUAAGUCAUGGUUGGCUUUUAAAACUUUUUAUAAAGCCUCUUGACAAUGUACAUUGCUAACAGGUAACUAUAGGCUUUGAAAGUAAUGCUCGUAGAUUCAGUGUUCACAGUAUGUGGCCUCCAGCAUGUAACAUGAGGAAUCCUUUAUUUCAUUAAUUAAUGGCUUUUUGACUUGAGCCAAAACAUAUGUAAAGGAAACAGAAGUACCGCACCUCCUCUUACACCAGUCAGCUCCUUUGCCUUCAGUGUUACUAGAAAGCGACCUGUGUCCAUGAGUGUGCUUUGCUGUUGGUGCACUGAAAGGCAGGAAGGAGACAAGAUUUUCUAUUUACUCAUCUCAUGAUGUCAUUUGAAGGGCAUGUCCAGAUAUCUUAAAAUUAUAAUAGGCUCAAGAAUCAGUCUCAGGUCACUUUACCCAAAAACAUUUGAAAAUCUGAACCACAAUCUCCUGAAAGUUUUUCUCCUAUAGAUUAUUGACAACACAUUGUUUUCUGGAGGCAUUUGUGCCAUUAGGUUUCCAUUUAUCUUCAGUUUUUUUCUUUGGUGUUUGGGAUGUCUUAUUUUGUUGCCUUAUGUCCUUUUCAAUUUAAAAUGUUUGAGUUUGUAUAUAGUUUUGAAAUUGGAUUAUGUGUUCAUUGUUGUUUAGUUUGCAUUUUUGUCAAAUUAUGGUUUUGAAGGUUCAUUUGGAACUUACUGUUAUUCUGUAACAGGGUUGCCCUUGUCCAGUAUUUAUUUAUAUGCUGUUUACUUUUCAAGUUGAUAAAAACAUUCUCCAAUUCUAAAUUUGCUUGUGUCCAUAGGUGAUCUCUUUAGCAAACUGAGAAAAAAAGGAAGAUACUUUUAACAUGCAAAGUUCCCUCAGGGUGUACCGUGUUGUCUCUGUGGGCACUCUUCCCCAGCACUUUAGCAGUAAUUCCCCCAGCUACACGCUGCAGUUGUACUCUGCCCACUCUAGUGUUCCUCAGCUCUGCUGUCCUUUUACUUGUAGCUGGAUCUUUGAUUAUCCUUCGAUUUCCAUGAAAUAUUAAUAUUGUUGCCAGCAUAGCAGGUACAGUGGAAGUCUUGUAGCAGUGAGAUUGUAUCAUAAUUUAGGAUUUAAAAUGAAUUAAAGUUUAUAUAAACUGAAGAGUCUCCAUAUGUCAAACUCUUGGAAAAUCAAAGAUGUUCCAAUUUCCUAAACACUAGAGAAUACGAGAGAAGGUAGAGUGGAAAAGGUUAGGUAACCUUGCAAAAUAUUUUACUAUUUUCUCUAAAUAUGAGGAAGUUUGAGAUUAUGAUCUGGAUCUACCAGAUAUAACUAAGGUUAAUUUAGCAUGAAAAAGUUUUAGUCAUAUUAGCAUCCAACCUAUUCAGUAACCGAAUCAUAGGACAAUGAUGGAUUAGGAGAACAAUAGAGUGGGAUCAUUAUAAAGAAAAUAAAUUAUUAAAGGUGUCUUUAUCGUUUUCAGUGCCAUUUUUAGUGUCUUUACUAUAAAUCAAUAUCAGUGUAUUUUAUCAUUCUAUGUGCAUAGCAGAAUUUUCUUUUCUCCCUUUUGUUCCCCUGUGAACUUGGUGCUUAUUAAAGUGCUCACUGUUCUCUUAAAAGAGAGCAGUGGUAUAGGUGUGCAGUUUCCGUGAUGCAGGUUCCAUUUUUAAUAUAUUGUUCCACUUAUCCUUUCUUCUGAGUAAAUUGCUAAUUGUGCCAAAUUUAUGUAAUAGUUUUUGUAAUGUGGAAUAAGAAUUAUGAUGGAACCAUUGCACAGUUUUUUCUGAAACAGCCAGUCAAGGCAGAACAUUAAUCUCCAAGUGAAAGGGCUGAUCUAUUUAUUCAUUUUGGAGGUUGGGUACUUUAUUCUUUCUUCCCGUCAUCCUUUUCAUUGUUUCCCCCGGAUUCUAAUUAGUUUUUAUUUUUUUAGAUAACUCCAAUAUAAUCAUUACAGUUUAUGCUUUAAAUACUAUGUGCUUUAAAAAGGAAAAUGGGACCAAUUUGUCUGCUAAGAAUUUGAUUUUAGGUACUAUAAGAGUAUUAGGAAAAUAUAUGCAACUGGUGUUAAUUUCUAGAUAUUUUCUAGAAAUCACUUGUGUUCCUAUUUAAUAAAAGGUAAUUUAGAAUACUACUUGUCCUUUGCAGUAGUUUAGUAAUGGGCAUUAAGCUGUGUCCUCGAAGGAUGUACCUAUUACUAGGUGCAUUUUAGAAUGAAAUAUUGAUAUUUUAUUAGCAUAUAAUUGUGGCCAUAUAUCUCAGAUUUUCUGAGGCAGAUCUAAUUUUAGAUAAUUCUGUUGGUAGACCAUGUGAUCCUUCUUUUUGGUUUUGGAAGUAUAAUCAUUGUUAAUGUUUUCCCUCCAAAUAGAAUACUGUUUUAUCCAUACAAAUCAUAACAGCAUCUAUCCCAUGCUAGGGUUGGAAACUGAUAUUGGUAUUACUUGUGUUUUUUCUUAGUGUGUUUUAUUUCCCAGUUUCAUCUUCUUUUAAAAAUGAAAAUAUGGUGCCUUCCCUCCCUCCAGGAAGACUGGCAAAUAUUUCCUUUUAUUUACUGCUGCUGUGGAGUGAUGAGAUAUGCACUUUACUCUUUAAGAUUCAGCAAAAAGCUUUUCACUUCUCAGUAUAUCCAGAAUACAUCAUAUCUGGGACUUAGGAAAAUUUGCCAAGCAAUCUUUGUUUUUAUAGAUACUAAUGUUGACCCUCUCCAGCGUUCAAUGUUAUAAAUAGAACAAGUCAAGCUAGUGUUUGUUUAUCUCCUCCCCCUCCCCAAAACUGUGGCACAGCAUAUAAAAAUGUACCUCAAUAAUGUUCUAUUAAAAAUGGGACAGGGGCCUUAUGUUUUCAUAAUUUCCCAACAAUGUGCCGCCAUAUUUUUGCCUCAAGGUAAAGGUUUUAACAGAUGAAAAAGUACUUCCCAAUUCCCCCGUGCUAUUCCUAACCUAUAAUGCCCAAAUGUUUUGUGCAAUGUGUAGUGUGUGUGUAUAAAUACAUAUAUUCUUGAAAUAGACAUACCAUCAGAGACAUCAUUCACAAGUAACUGAUGUAUUGGCAUCUCAUUCAUAUUUCUGAUGUGUGAGGUAUAUGGUACUAAUUACCUUUUCCUUGAUGUUUGCCAAAUUUGAAUAAAGGCAUUGGUACGAAAUUACAGAAUGUAAAGAAAAUGUUUUUGGCUUGAAAAAUUAACAAAUAUUUUAUGACGUACCACAGUAUACUCUGCCCAAACCAGCACCCUAUCUAUCUUUCCUGUUCUUUACAUCCCUGUUCCCCAUCCCUACUUCCUCAUUUUUGGGGUAUAACACAGUUCUUUUGUAGCAUCAUUAUAAUUGCAGUUCUAUGGCAAUUGGACAGUUAUAGCAUGGAAACAGACUGGUAUAAAUAGUACAGUAGUCACCAGUGUGCCACAUUUGCAUUAGUAAUGCAAAAUAUACAUUUUAUAAAGGACAAACUUUGUGUUAUGUUUUAUUUUCAUUACAUUGUAUAAUAUUGUAAGACUAUUGUAUGUCCUAAUUUGCAUUAUAAAUGUUUUUUUCCUACGUAAAGGCAUAAAUAUAGCAACUUUGUAUAAAGGUAGCUUAUUAGAUUUUUAAUUUUUUCUUUUAUAAAAAAUUGUCCAACAGUGGGACUACCAUUGCCAAAUUGUAUAUGAAAUAUGAAUUUUACCCCCAUGGUUAAUUUCUUUUAUAAACAUUCCAUAUUUCUCUAAUAAAAAGACAUAAGUGAUACUGUACUAUGCAUACAUUGUAUCUUAAUGCUGUUUCAGAUCAGCAUUUUAAAUUUUGGUUUGCAUUUUUAAUAUUGGCAAAACGUAACCACUGUUAAUUAAAACCUCGUUGUAUAUGUAACAACAUAAUUUGCCCUCUAUCCCUUCCCACCCUUUGUUCUCUAUUUCUCCCUAUCAGUGCCAACUUCAUACAUUUUGUAGCAUGGCAAUAAAAUAUAACUUUUACACUGAG